AUGGCUGCUAUAUCUUCUUCUGUUUCUUCUUCCCAGAUUGCCUCCUCGAUGCGCUCCCUCUACCUCGCUCUCGUGCUCAAGCAUCUGGCGUUUGUGCUCAAGUACACGCUGUUCCUGUUCGAGUACACGCUUUUCCUGUUCGAGUACAUGCUGUUCCUGUUCGAGUCUCCUGAAGAUGUUGCGGCAGCGAUGAAGGAAGUGACGUCAUUCUUCAACGCGGAAUAUCAACGCCGUUGUUGGGCAUGCGCAGGCCAUCAGAACCUUUCCGCUACAUCACGUGACUGCCAGGACUGGUACACUUCGGGUUUCCGUAAUACCGGGGUUUAUACCAUCUAUACGAGUCAGGGAUUUACAUUUCAGGUCCGUUGUGACAUGGAGACGGAUGGAGGAGGAUGGACGGUAAUGCAAAGACGGCUGUCCGCCAGCGAUUUUACAAAUUUUGGGCAGAAUACAUGGCCGGGUUUGGCGAUGAACACAACUUUAAGCUCAGAAAUGAGAAAAAAAUUGCACGCACAAGCUCAGUAG